AUGAAGCCCAAUGCUGCUCCCUCGAGUCAAAGUGGUGCUGCCUCUGGUGGAGAUAACGCUGUGCAGAUCAAGGAACCACAUGAACAUGAUGUACUCUGUGGUAGAGGUGGUUCUAUUAACUCUUGGAAAGGAAAUGAACGAUUUCGAACUCUCGUAGAAAAGAGGAAGCGUGUGUACCUCACAGCUCGUUUCAAACGAGAAAAGAGACUAAUUGCCUCCAGCAUUGUCCAAGAAAUCCAGUCUCUGGAACCGCCAGGGAGGUUUUUGUCUAGAAACACCAAAAAAGGAACCUGGUAUGUGAUCGACGAUGACAAGGCGAGAGAUAAGGUCUCACAGGCACUGCGGGAGAAUGCACCAUCCAUCCGGGCGGAAAUAGAGACCGAAAUCAAUGAACAACGGGCCGAGAUACAGAGGGCCCAGCAUGAAACACAUCGACCACCUCCCAAUGCCGCCGCCAAUCCUUACUAUCCCCAGGGAUGGGGCUACUUUUCAUAUUAUGGAUAUGCCCAGCAAUCGCCUCCAGGAGGCCCUCCUCACCCAGGAGGCCCUCCUCACCCUGGGGGUCCACCUCACCCGGGUGGCCCUAUGCCGCCGCCACCUCCUCAUUAUCACCCGGGAUACAACCCCGCUCAAUGGAAUCCUCCUGCUGCUCCGGCGCCCGUCCCACCUCCACAUCAGCAGCAUCCGCCACAGCAGCACCCGCCACAGCAACAUCCACAGCAAACGCAAAUACAACCUGCUCCGGCACCAUCUCCUCCACCUCCUGCAGCCCAACCACAACAGCCUCCUCCUCUUCCUCCGCAACAACAACAACCACCACCGCCCCAGCAGCAACAACAACAACAGCAAUUUGACUUUUCAUUUGCUCCCAAGAACCAACAUGCACAUCCACAGCGUGAGCCCGAGAGCCGACCCCAACAACCCCAGGUACAACACCAACAAGAGCGUCGUCACGCACCGCAACAAUCCCCUCAUCGGCAGCAAGACGACGACAAGUCCGUGUUUGACGCAACUGCGCAAUUCAUGAGCUCCAUGGCUUCAUGGACAAAAGAUGCCUUUAGCAUUGGAGGUGGCAUGUCAGUAGCAUCCAACCGUGACGACGAUCCUCAAGAAACAGCCUCACUCGCCAGUAAACCAAUCAAGUAUGUACAUCAACCUGAAGAUUCACAAAGUGUUGUAUCCAGGGCACGUUCUGUACAUUUCAAGGACGAACGGUCCAUCUCGGGGCGAUCCCUGGACAAUCGAAAACCAGGCAAACCGCCGCGCAUCAUGCACAGCAGUCAAAUCAGUUAUCCGCGAAGGCUCAAACGACGGGGCUCUCUUGGUGCGUCGGGGCCAAAUGGCAGACCUCCACCCGGCAUUCACAACCCAAUGGCUCCGGUUAGCAGUGUGAAUCUGGAUGGUCACAACGAUGGCAUGAUUUCACUCAUCACUACGGAAGGCAUGAAUUCUAUUGUUGAGGAAGGACCGCUAAUGAUCGAUGAAUAUCAUCACCCAGCCAUGCACCAGAAAUAUCCCAACGAAGAGUACAAGGAGUGCGAGCCAGAUCCCCUGCCUAUUAGUCGACGAUCCAGGGCAUCUGGUGCUGAUGAUGCCAGCAACUCGAUGUUGGCAGCAGUGGCGAAUCAGAUUGUCAUGGGUAUGGGCUCCUGGGAUGCCGGUAGCAUUGCUUGUGGUCCAGAGUCGUCAUCUCGACAUAACAGGAGGAGGAGGGAUGUCCCAAAAGAGGUCGACAAGUACUCGGAGACUAUGGCUGUCGAAAUUGAGGGCCAGGAGGUGCAACUUGUCGACAUGAUGGAAACGCACAUGGAGCUGGGAGGUGACAAUAGUGUUUUGGAAGAGCGAAUGCCCGCUCACGAGAAGGAACGUCUGCAAGUGGAUUGGCCAGCUCGUGUGGGUAGCUGCCAUUCUUUCCUGAACGACUCGCUGUCAUUGGCGGGUGCAUCUUUCUUCAGCACUGGUAUCAAUUCUCAAGGGGAUCUAGCAUCAGCGGCUUCAAGUAUGGACAUGGAUGUGUCUUCGGGGACCGAUCCUUUCUCGUGUGCGAGUUCUGUUGGCGGCGCCUCUCUUUGUCGCGUCUUUGACGGAGAGGGCGUGCCAGCGCUCCGAGAUCAUACAAUGCAUGCCCUGCAGUCCCCGCAACACCGUGCUCUUACGCAAGUACCCUCCUGGGAACGAAGCCUAAGAAGCAGGAGUCCAGGUGGGUCGCGUGACCACGACGAUGACAACGGCUCGUUGGUGACGAAGAGCAGCGAGAAGUUGAUGGGCGGAAGCAUUGCAACAAUGGGAUCUAUGGACGACAGCAACGACAAAGGCGGCAAUGGGAUGAUGGCCUGGGAGACUCACAAGAAACGGCAAGAGUAA